AGAAAAAGGUGUCUCAGCCCUGAAACGCUGAACAGAAUAGUGUAUCUCAGGAUCAUCAUCAUCCGCAUCACAUCAAAAUGGGAAGUCUCUUCAAUUAUCGUGAUUCAUCCCCAUCUGUGAAGAACAUUCUUCUUCUAGACUCUGAAGGGAAGCGAGUGGCUGUCAAGUAUUACUCAGAUGAUUGGCCAACAAAUGGUGCAAAGCUAGCUUUUGAAAAAUCUGUAUUCGCUAAGACUCUAAAGACAAAUGCAAGGCUAGAAGCGGAGAUAAUGAUGUUCGACAGCAACGUUGUUAUAUACAAGUUUAUGCAGGACCUUCACUUCUUUGUGACUGGAGGCGACGAUGAAAACGAACUCAUUUUAGCCACUGUACUUCAGGGAUUCUUUGAUGCAGUUGCCCUUCUCUUGAGGCACAAUGUCGACAAAAGGGAAGCGCUAGAGAACCUGGAUCUCAUACUUCUAUGCUUUGAUGAGAUCGUUGAUGGAGGGAUGAUACUUGAAACAGAUCCAACUGUUAUCGCAGGAAAGGUAGCAACUCAUACCAUGGAUGCUGAUGCACCAUUGUCUGAGCAGACUCUAACACAAGCCUGGGCUGUAGCAAGGGAACAUCUAACCAGAACCCUUCUCAAAUGAUUUGUGUGCCAACGCAGUGAAUUUGGUGUGAUUGAUGAAAUUGUCUUGAUUUUGACAAGGUCUUGCUCUCUAUUCAUGUUGUAGAUCUCAUUGGAUUAUCAGCUGGAUCAUAUGCUAUGAGCUUGUUAUGGACACUUUAUAUCAUCAUUCUCUUUUGAUUCA